ACACCUGCUCUCGCGAGAUCCCGCUUGCUGCUGAGUCGUUUCUCUCGGAAAGUGUCGUGAGACGUUGAUAGUAGAGGACUGCUUGGCUAAGCCCUCCUAAAAAAAAAUCAAUCCCCACUGGACAACUGAGACUUUGCAGAAAGGCCUCAAGCACUUAAACUGACGUUUAGGAACAUCGUCUGAAUCAUGGGGAACAUUUUUGGGAAUUUGCUGAAGAGCCUCAUAGGGAAGAAAGAGAUGAGGAUCUUGAUGGUGGGGCUUGAUGCUGCUGGAAAAACAACGAUCCUCUAUAAGCUCAAACUGGGAGAAAUAGUCACCACAAUCCCAACAAUCGGGUUCAAUGUGGAGACAGUGGAAUACAAGAACAUCAGCUUCACUGUGUGGGACGUGGGUGGGCAGGACAAGAUCCGUCCUCUCUGGAGACACUACUUUCAAAACACGCAGGGUCUAAUCUUUGUGGUGGACAGUAAUGACAGAGAGCGUGUGAACGAAGCGCGAGAGGAGCUGAUGAGGAUGCUGGCUGAGGACGAGCUGAGGGAUGCCGUGCUCCUCGUGUUUGCUAAUAAACAGGACUUACCAAACGCCAUGAACGCCGCGGAGAUCACAGACAAGUUGGGCUUGCACUCUCUGCGUCAUCGCAACUGGUACAUCCAGGCCACCUGCGCCACCAGCGGCGACGGCCUCUACGAGGGCCUCGAUUGGCUGGCCAAUCAACUCAAGAACAAGAAGUAAGAAGAAAAUUGGAAGAAAGCAUCCAGCGACCACACCCAUACCUACUUUUUAUUUCUUUUUAGGGAUGAGGGUGCGGGUUGAGCACCGAGGUGUUUGAUUGAUAAAAGAUUCUGGGUCUUGGGUGGGGGCGGCGGGGUGUCAGAUUUAGAUUUUUGGUCUGGUCCUUCUGGUUUUCUGUGGUUAUAAAAAAACACAUUCUCAUGUUCGUAUCUAACCACUCACUCACAGACACACACACAGAGACACACAUAUGCACACUAACAAUAAGCAAUCACAGCAGGCACUUGCUUUUCCUCCGUCCACCUCUCGUCCACCAAUCGUCUUUAGGUAUAUAAUGUACUGUAUGUUAGUCUCUAGGUGCUGUGUCGAGUCACAUGGGACUCUAGCAAUGAGUCCGAUCUGACUUUGUUGAUGUAUGUUUUCCCAUUGUCGGUGGUCCAUGAAAGGAACUGUUCCACGUCCUGUUUUUUUUUCGUGUUUUUGUUGUUUUUUUGUCUUUUCCUACAGAGUUCCAGAGCCAUGUUUGAGAACAGUCAAAUCUGGCAGAUUCAUAUCACAAUAACUAAUAUGAUUGCUUUGCUUUUCCUUUUGACUUGCGAGCGUGUACUUGAACUCCGCAGCCUAGACAGUAUUAUCCCAAGCAGCUCUCUGACGUCUUUUGAUAUCUGUGCCAUGUUUCUACUCCCCGUGUGGCAACCCGAAGCGUCGAAGCCGCCCUUUUUAAAUAUUUUAAAACGCACAACACUCUUUCUCAGUUGCCUCACCUGCAUGCAUCCUGCCACCACUGUUGGGUACUUCUCCAUCCAGAGAACCGCAUAGAUGUUAUUUGUAGGUUUUCUCCCCUCAUCGUGUUCUCGCGCCGUUUACAGUAGGAUGCACAAAACUAUCCGAAAUCACCACUUUUAGUGCACUUGGUGGCAACAAAUAAAAAGCGACUAGUCAGCUUUAUGGUCUUUUUAGAUGUGAAAACAGCAUAUAGCACAUUAACUCGGCACAGAUGGCCUGUACAGCUGCUGCUUGUCUAUACGAGUACUCAAACUGCGUCAGGUUGCUCUCGCUUGUGUGGAUUUUUUUUUUUUUUUUUUUAAUUUUUAAAUUUAAAUUUUUUGUGUCUAAUUUGCAUACC